UGCACAAUGGGGCUGCUAGGGGCACUGAAACUGCUAUGCCUCAGCCAGAGCGCGGCGUUGGUCCUCGCGACGAACGGCGCUCAGUUCGUAAAUCCCUUGAUCGGGACGGUUCACGGCGGCCAUGUCUUCGCAGGUGCAACGUUGCCAUUUUCGAUGGCGAAGGCCGUCGCCGACGUCAACGGAGAGAACCAAGCUGGAUACGGCUCGGACGGGUCCAAAAUCAGAGGCUUCUCUCACAUGCACGACUCGGGAACCGGAGGUGUGACCUCGCUGGGCAACUUUCCAAUCUUUCCGCAUGCCGGCUGCCCUGGAGACGACAUUGCGCGAUGCAACUUCACCGAGCAUGAUCGGUCCAUAAAACAAAUCGAUGGCUCGGUCCAAGCUCGGCCAGGCUACUUCGCGCUGUCUCUGGAGUCUGGAAUCAAAGCCGAAAUGACGGUCAGCAACCAUACGGCUUUGUAUCGCUUCACCUUUCCGGAGACGCCGCAGGGCAUUGAAGACUCAAAACUGAGCCCCGUCAUUCUCGCCGAACUGUCUGACCUGUCCCAUUCGGCCUCGGACAGGCGUCUUUGGCUGGAUGCCACCACGGGCCGUCUGACCGGCCAAGCUCGGUUUAUUCCUAGUUUCGGCACCGGUUACUAUCGACUUCACUUCUGCGCCGACUUCAAGGGGGCAACCAUCCGUGAAGUUGGCGGAUGGAACUCGAGUGGCGGCAUUGGGUACUAUGGAGAAGAUGGAGAGUUCAGCUCAGCAUUUCAUCCCGUUGGCGGCUACACCUGGUUCAAUGCUCCCGACAACGAGGAUAGACAGAUUCUCGCGCGAAUUGGCGUCAGCUUUAUGGAUGUGGAACAAGCCUGCCGUAGUGCACAGACAGAAAUUCCCGAUUUCGACUUCGACAAGACUCUGAAGGCGGCCGAGCAGGCAUGGCACGACAAGCUGGACGUCAUCGCAAUCAGCGAGGACGAUGGAGUCAGCGACGACACGAGGACCGUGUUUUGGAGCGGCAUCUACCGCAACUUCAUCUCGCCGCAAGACUACACGGGUGAAAACUACUUGUGGACGAGCGACGAACCGUACUAUGAUUCUUUCUACUGCAUAUGGGACUCGUUCCGCGCGCAGCAUCCGUUGCUCGCAAUGCUCGACCCACAAUCGCAGUCUCUCAUGGUACGCUCGCUCAUCGAUAUAUGGCGCCACGAGGGCCACAUGCCCGACUGCAGAAUGUCUCUUUGCAAAGGCUGGUCGCAGGGAGGAUCAAACGCGGACGUCGUCCUCGCCGACUCGUAUCUCAAGGGCCUGAACGGGGGCAUCAACUGGACUGAUGGAUACGCCGCAGUCGUCCAAGAUGCAGAGGUCGAGCCGAGUAGAUGGGAUCUUGGAGGCCGAGGGGGCAUGACGAGCUGGAAAACCAAAGGGUAUAUCCCGAUUGACGACCAGGACAACAAGGGAUUUGGCCCUCACACACGAAGCGUCUCUCGCACGGUUGAGUAUGCAUACAACGAUUUUUGCGUGGCUCAGAUGGCAGCCACGCUUGCCAACGCGACGGAUUACGAAAAGUACAUGAACCGUUCGAGCAACUGGAAGAAUCUCUUGCGUGAUGACCAGGCAACGACCAUCGACGGCAAGGAUAGUGGCUUCUUGGGCGUUUUGCAGCCGAAGUUCUUCAACUCCAGCUGGGCAUAUCAAGAUCCCCUGCUUUGCUCACCUCUUCUCGAGCCGGACGCAUGUUACCUGACGAUGAACGGACACGAGACGUACGAAGGAAGUUGUUGGCUUUACACACUCUACGUCCCCGGAGAUAUUGCCGGACUCGUGACUGAGCUGGGCACAGAAGAGCAUUUCGUAGAGCGCCUCGACUUCGUGCACGAAUCGGGCCUCCUCUACAUGGGUGACGAGCAAGCUUUUUUGACGCCCUUCUUGUACCAUUAUGUGGGCCGACCGGGUCUUUCAGCCAAGCGCGCACACUACUACGUUCCUUCGCAAUUCAACAACACGCUCGUAGGCAUUCCCGGAAACGAUGACUCGGGAGCAAUGGGAGCAUUCGCGAGUUUCAUCAUGAUGGGAGUCUUUCCAAAUGCAGGACAAAACGUAUACUUCAUUACGCCGCCUUACUUCAGGGAGGUAUCCAUUCGGAACCCGGAGACGGGCAAUACUGCAACCAUCCGCAACGUGAAUUUUGACGCCGAAUACCGCAAUAUUUAUAUUCAAAAGGCCACAUUAAAUGGACGGCCGUACAGAAAAAGUUGGAUCGACCAUGGGUUCUUCCUCGACGGUGGUGUACUGGAGCUCACCCUUGGGCCCGAGGAAAGCAAGUGGGGUACAAGACCCGAGGAUCGACCACCGAGUCUCUCGACCGGCGGCCCUCCAAAUGGCACAUGGGACACUGAGUUCCUUCCAAGCCGCCAAAAACAGCCUUCGGAAUACGCCGGCCUGUUUGGGCCGGAUUCGUCGUUCGAUACAAUGAGAAUGUUGGCAUUAAUGAUUAUGCUUUUACUCGUCGUGGUCAUGUGUGUCGGUGUGUACCGCGAAUGCGCGGUCGUAAAGAGGAAUAAGGGAUACAGUGCGUUGUACGGCGCUGAGCGGCUGUAGUGCCACAGCCCCUUUCUUUAUUGCAUCCGGGUUGGCGUUUUUUCUUCUUUUGUGAGGGUAACCACGGCCUCGAUACCCAUCAUGUACCAUACAGUGCCGUAAAUAUGUUU